UUGAACGCUGAUUUCGAUUUAGUCAUCGAUAUUUUCCUGUUUAGUAUUACCCUCUUCAAAUUUCAAAGAGCAGACUAAAGUGUUUCGUAACAAGUCGACAUGCUAAACAAAUAAUAAAUAUUGGCUAACUUAACUUAAAUGUUUGCAACUUUGCUUCUGAGUAGGUGAUCAUGUUUGUUUGUUACCUUGGUUGUUGGACCGUCAAAAGUUCCAGAAACAGUACAGGCGCUCUCUCGAUUAGACCUUUACGCAGGUUUCUAUCUUCGAAACAAACUCGACCUCCAGUGAAUCACUACGAAAUUCUGGGAUUGACCUCCAAGUCUACACAAACAGAAAUCAAAGCUUCGUUUUAUAAAUUGUCAAAAGUUUUCCAUCCAGAUGUGAGUGACCAAAGUGAAGAAUCUGCUGUCAAAUUUAGGCAGAUCUCUACUGCUUAUGAAAUCCUUGGAAACCUGAAGCUUCGUAAAAUGUAUGAUAAAGGACUUCUGCCACGUGAUGGUUCCCUUUCCCAUGGAGUUGAUGUGGUGUAUGAAGAAAGUGAAACAAAAUCACCAUUUAAGAAGACUAGAUCACAACCAGCUACAGGACGAACAACAGUUUAUGACUAUGACCAAUGGUCUAGACUUCAUUAUGGGACUACAUUGAAUAGAAGAACUGUAGCAAAAGAGAGAUGGCAGGCUAAAAAUAAUGCAAAAAUAAAUGAAACUGAAUUUAAAAAAUCAGACAAUGCUAUUGCAUUUGUUUUAUUAGGCAUAAUCAUUUUGGCUGGACUCCACAUGGUAGGAAAAACUAACUAUGAUGAAAUAAAAGAAAAUUACAAGGGGCCAUAAUGUUUUUUGGUUUGUGUACAGUUGAACCAACUAUUGAUGUUUGUAGGCCUUUAAAUACAAGACAAAGAAAAACAGAA